AUGAUACAUUCGACAUGAGAGAGUGAAUUGUGAUUUUUGUUUUGGACUUAGAGAACACUAUACCAGUGAUUGUGUUAUGAUCGUUUUUAUCUGCGUUCUACGAGAUAGAAUGCGGUACUAACAUUUGUUCUUCCACACACUAUCCCACCGCCGCCACCAUUUUUGAAGAGAUGCUGUCCAGUGUCACAGGCCUUCUGACCUUAGUGACAAUCAUCACGCACGUGUCAGAAGUCCAAUCACAAUGUACUAUGAUUGACGCUUGCUCGUGUUUCAUGCCAGAUGGAAAUGUUGUGGAUAUUUCCUCAUUGGGUGACAAUAAUGGAUUUGCCAAGUUUUUCGCCAUUCCUGGCCCGGACACGUUUUAUUAUUCCUUGAAUCUGUGUUAUCCAUUCAACGAAGGUUCGUGUAGCGGCGCCGCCGGAUGCCAAACGUCGCCGGAUUUCAUCAGUACAUUCCAAAUAGGAGAUGCCAGUUCCGUGAUGUUUAGCACAGAUCCGUCAAACAACGUACAUGUCCUUUAUACGUCACCGACGGACGACGGCAGAUUCAGGACAGUUGAUGUUACGCUGCAGUGUGACCCAAAUUCAAUAAAUCCUAACAUACAGGUGUUCGGAGAGCAGGGUUUCAAUUCUCUCUUAUAUACCUUUACUAUUAGCUCACAAUGCGCAUGCCCAGGAGUGUGCGGCACCAACCCCGAGCCCGUAAACCCCGGGGGUGACGUUAUUAUCACAGUAGAGGCUGGAAUCAGUCCCGGGACCAUUCUCUGUAUAAUAGCUAUCGUUGGAAUGGUCGUGUACGUCGGUGGAGGGAUGACGUACAUGCGGGUGAGAAAACAGGCCACAGGGGCCGGUAUGUUACCACAUCGAGAUUUCUGGGUAGCAGUUCCAGGACUGAUUAAGGAAGGAGUUGUUUUUACCUACCAGAAGAUCCGCGGGAAAAUUUCCGGGAAAGAGUACGCUGCAAUAUAAUCAUGUACUUUUAUUAGAUUGUCAAACACUAACCCAGCCCUGGCGGAGAGCAGCGAAACAACUAUUCUACAUUUUCAUUUCUAUGGCAUGAACUGUUUUGUAUUAUUUCGCUGGAUGGUCAUCAUUGUAUGAAAUUUUAUAGUGAAUACAUUCAGCAAAUGACGUUUUUUACUAUAUUAUAUAAAAAAAUAUGUCAUGAGAAAUUUAAUGUUUGAUAUACCCUUUAUAGAAUCGGUUUUCUACGACUCUUUCAGGAAAUAAUAUGGAAUUAUAUUGAGAUUAGACAGAAUAAUAUAACUCACAUGUACAUAUAUGGGAGAAAUAUGUAACUCAUACUAUAUAUGACUGAAUACCUGGUAUAGUCAUCCACCAUCAUAGUUAAAACAUUAUAUAUACAUUAAGUAAUGUAAAAAUGUAAAAUAUCAUCAUAUUUAUAUAAGUACAUUUCAUCAAAUGGUCCUGAAUGUCACACAUAUAUCAAUUUUGAUUUUGCAUGUAAUAAAGAAAUAUUUAUCUAAUCA